UGAGGUUAUUUUGUACUUCAGCGAAUCACCUAUUUUCAAUGACUUGUAGAAGAGACAGAUCAGCAAUCCCCUGCUGUAUUUUUAUAAUCGUCAUUCCGCCACACAGCAGCUUCACAAAUAAACAACAGAAUGGAAACCAAUGAUGUUAUAACACUUCACCAGUGUGUUGUAUGUGAAGAGAUUUUUAAACAAUUUGAUGAUUUAGUAAAACACAAUAAGAUACAUGUUAAAGAUGAGAAAACUGAUGAUGUUGAUGAAUAUUGUCAUGUUAAAGAAGAGAAAACUGAUGAUGUAGAUGAAUAUUGUCAUGUUAAAGAAGAGAAAACUGAUGAUGUAGAUGGAUAUUGUCAUGUUAAAGAAGAGAAAACUGAUGAUAUUGAAACUGUUUAUCAGUGUAAUUUGUGUGAUGAAGAAUUUAAAUUCGAAAUGGAUUUAGAAAAACACUGUGAAAUACAUUUUAGUCAGCAAGAGAAAAUUGGAGAAAGCAAUUAUAAGGCUGAUGUUGGUGAAAAAUCUUUGCAGAGACACUCAAAAACUUAUACUAAUAAAAAACCUUAUAAAUGUGAUGUUUGUAAGAAAUCAUUUUCUCAAACUGGUCAUUUACAGCACCACAUCAGAAUACAUACAGGUGAAAAACCUUAUAAAUGUGGUGUUUGUAGUAAAUCAUUUUCUCAAACUGGUCAUUUACAGGACCACAUCAGAAUACAUACUGGUGAAAAACCUUAUAAAUGCAAUGUUUGUAAUUUGUCAUUUAGUAAGAGUGGAAUUCUAAAGUCUCACAUCAGAAUUCAUACAGGUGUAAAACUUUAUAAAUGUGAUGUUUGUAGUAAAUCAUUUUCUGAUAGUAGUCAUCUACACAACCAUAUUAGACUUCAUACCGGAGAAAGACCUUUUACAUGUGAUGUUUGUAGUAAAUCAUUUAGUCAGAGUGGAACUCUUCAAACACACAUGAGAAUUCAUACAGGAGAGACACGUUAUAAAUGUGAUGUUUGUUGUAAAUCAUUUACUCAGCGUGGAACUCUACAGAUACACAUGAGAAUUCAUACUGGUGAAAAACCUUAUAAAUGUGAUGUUUGUGGUAAAUCAUCUAGAGUGAAGGAUCAGCUGCAGAGACACAUAAGAAUUCAUACUGGCGAAAGACCAUAUAAAUGUGAUGUUUGUAGUAAAUCAUUUCCACAGAGUAGUAAUCUACAGUCACACAUGAGAAUUCAUACUGGUGAAAGAAAAUUUAAAUGUGAUGUUUGUAGUAAAUCAUUCACCAGAAAUAGUCAUCUGCAGAGACACCUCAAAAUUCAUAGCAAAGUAAAAAAAGCGUAACAAUAUGGUAUAUCAAGGUUGUGGACUCUAAAGAGGUCACAAUUUUUAUCCGAUUUUGUUGAAACUUGAAAUGUAAGUUUAUAACCCAAAGAUCUUGGAUCCUUUCGAUAUUCGCGCAUAUCGGCCCGUAACUUCCUCAAUUAUGGCCCCUGAUUGUACGAAAAAUCGCGUUUUUAGCUUGUGUACCCUGUAGAAGUCAUAAUUUUUAUCCGAUUUAAAAACCCG